GUCUUGACAACGUAUUGUUAGUAAACAUUAUCCGUUUCUCAUAACUUUUUGAUCAUUAUACACGUUUUCUAUGAAAAUUUUGCGUUAAUGGAGGGUUCAUGAUGUCUCAGCACGGAGCUGCCCUACAAACGUAUAACCAGGAGCUCGUUAAAUGUUUAGAAGAGAUGAAACUGAAACGAGCUGAACUCCAAGCUCAGAUAGAGUCCCAGGAAGAAGAAAAAAAUAAUUUACAACGCGAAAUCGAGAAAAUGUCAUGUAAACUUACACUUUUAAAUGACAGUUUGGCAAAGAGAAUUGGAGUCAGGAAUGAAUAUGACAGAACAAUAGCAGAUACUGAAACAGCUUACAUGAAGGUAAAGAUUUUGGAGAGCUCACAAUUAUUGCUUAAUAUGAUAAAAAAAGAAGCUGUAAGUUUGGAUCAAACUUUAGUCAAAGUAAACAUUGACAAGCAGCAAUAUCGACAAUAAGAAUUGAAGCUUGAUAAAAAGCUUGGUGAAUAAUGGAAGUAUAUUUAUUGAAUUAUUGACAGGCAUUAUCACAGAAACAUAGUUAUUACCAACUAACAAGAACAAAAUUGUGUAUACAGAAUUUUAGCAUUAUUAAUUCUAAAUUAUUUUUUGAUCAUAAUAAAAUUUAUAUCUAAUUUA